UCUUUUUCAGGUACGCGUUUAUAUAGUAAAAUACAGAAAGCUGAAUAGACAAUAUCAAACUGUUCAGACAUUAUUAGUAGUGUAACAACUAAUAUGAAUGUUGAUAUUGAUUCUGCAAAGAAUUGGCUGAUGAAAUGGAAAUCUGAACUGGAUAAUGUCCCUGCAACUAAUUUAAAUUCCGAUGAAUUAUAUGUUGAGAAUUUGUAUGUUAGUCAGAUGAAAAGACACAUCCUAGAAACAGGUCCUGCUGAUUCAACAGAAAAGAAAAAGAUUGAGAGAGAUCUAGAAAGCCUCAAGAAAGAAAGAGCCAAAUUAAAAAAGAAUGUGUUCAAUUCAGUGGUAGAAAGUGAUGUCAAUCUUGAAAAUGAGCCUUUUAAUCGUAUUUUGAAAAGUGCUCAAAAAAAGCGCAGAAUUAAUAGUCUUGAAAAACUAAGACAGUAUUCCAGUGAACGACAGUAUUUGUCUUCAUUGAUGAAAAAGUAUGCAGAUGGUCAAGUUUUAGGCUCCCGUAUCGGUAGAAAGUUGACAGCAAAUUCUGCCAAAAUUGAGAAAGAAUUAACUAUUCUUAACAAUGGACAUUUUACAUCCAGGACAGAGUUCAGUGAUGUUUCUUUACCAACGUUGCCAAUGUUUGAUGAAUUGUCAGAGUGUUCUUUGUAUUCAGAUCAAAUAAAAGCUGCAGAAGCAGCUUCUCUGAAAGAACAUGCACAUGAAGAAAUGACAGUUGUUCAUUGUGAAAUUGCUGCUUAUCACCGAUACUUGUUGAGUGCAAUUAAUGAUAUAAGAUCUGAAAUUAAAGAUCUACAGUUGUUUUCUUCCACAAAAGAACUUCGAUAUAUGUGUGGAAAAAUCCAUUAUUUAUCAACACAUCUUUAUAGAUUAACUAGACAAUAUAUCAAGUCAAAAGAAUUAUUUGAAUAUGCUGGAAUAGAACAUAAUUCGGCUACAGAUUUGAAUGAUUUGAUACUGUGUAAUGUUCAACGUGAAAAACCUUUGUCAUCUGAGGAAUUAAUAGAUAUAAUAACAGAUAUACAAAGCUGUGAUUUAGAAUUUGAUGAAAGUGGCGUUGAUGAAGCAAGUAGUGAUACAGAGGAUAGUGACUCUGAGUCGGAUGAUAAUUAAUGCUGUAUUGUGAAAGUGUAUUAGUAGCUAAAUAAAAUUUUCAUUUUCUUUUGAGAAAGCUGUACAAAGCUUCACAGUUGUCUAUAACUUUUCUUAUCAUAGGCCCGUAAACUUUUUCCUACUGCCAUAAAAAUCAAAUUUCCUUUUUAUUCAUUCAGGAAAACUACACCCUACGUUUGUUUGUUUUGGGCUUGUUUUUAAUUUGAAUUUGAGAUCUAAAAAAGUAACAAUAUUUUCUUUUCUUAUUUUUUUUUCAUUUGACAUAUCUAAAUCUUUUCGUAUAUUGUGAUCUUUUCGGUGGCAAUGUCAGAUGGGAUGUAUAGUCCCUGGCGUUGAUGCCAUUGGACAUUGCCACUCUAAUUUUGAGAUAUGGGUGAAAAAUUGAAACAGCAACUUUGUCAGUUGCAACAUACAAAAUUUUUUCUUUUUUAUCUUUGAGAUAUCUCGAUCUUUUCAAAACAUGAUCUUUUUGGUGGCAAUGUGUGAUUGGAAAUAUAGGAUUAUAAGUCCCUGGCGUGGAUGGAAUAAGCUCGUAAACUUUUUCCAGCUCACAUCAGACAUUGCCACACCCAUUUGCAAAUAUGAGUGAAGAACUGAAACUGUAACUAUGUCUUGUGUAGCAUUCUCAAUGUUUAAAAGUAACAUUAAAAUAAAUUAUUUAUUUAUAUGUGGAUCUUUCAGUGUGAAAUGUUGUAAUUAAGUUAGUUGUCAUGAUAGUUGUAUAUCACCAUAUAGCAUGUCAUUAAUCUACUAGAGUAAUAACUAUGUACAAUAACAUGCCAGUAAUUAAGUCAGUCAUUAUCUGGUUGUAUAUCUCCAUGUACAGUAGUAUAACAUGUUAGUAAUUAAGUCAGUUGUACUCUAGUUGUAUAUCUCCAUGUACAGUAGUAUAAUAUGUCAGUAAUUAAAUCAACUGUUAUCUAGUUGUAUAUCUCCAUGUACCAUAGUUUAACAGGUCAGUAAUUAAGUCAGUUAUCAUCAGGUUGUAUAUCACCACUGUUUAUAAUCAUGUACGGUAGUUUAACAUGUCAGUAAUUAAGUCAGAUGUCAUCAUAGUUGUAUAUCACCAUAUUAUGUACAGUAGUAUAACAUGUCAGUAAUCAACUAUCUUAGAGCAAUAACUAUGUACAAUAACAUGCCAGCAAGUAAGUCAGUUAUCAUCUAAUUGUAAUCUGGUUGUAUAUCACCAUAUAACAUGUCAGUAAUAAAGUCAGUUAUCAUCUAGUUGUACAUCUCCAUGUACAGUAGUAUAACAUACCAGUAAUUAAAUCAACUAAUUGUUUAUAAUCAUGUACAGUAGUAUAACAUGCCGUUCGUCCGUUCGUUCUUGGUGUUUAACGUCUGCUUCCACAUAAGUGAUAUCGCAGACAAGACAUAGGAGAGCCGAAGCUGAUUCCUGUUUUUUAGAAUAUGAUUUUGCAAUCUUUCCAAUUGGCCUUAGGCCAUGUACAAGAGUAUGACAAUCAGCAAUUAGACCAGUGACCAUCUAGCCGUUCGUUCGUUCUUGGUGUUUAACGUCUGCUUCCACAUAAGUGAUAUCGCAGACAAGACAUAGGAGAGCCGAAGCUGAUUCCUGUUUUUUAGAAUAUGAUUUUGCAAUCUUUCCAAUUGGCCUUAGGCCAUGGAUUUGGUUUAGUGGGAAGUUCUUCCCUUUAUUUAAUAUAAAACAUAUCGUUUGGUAUAUGAUCUCGUCUGCUUCUGGAUUGGUAGAUGUCAUCGAUUGGGGUUAGUGUUUAGGUGCCAGGCCCGUCUUAUCGUGGCCUCCCCUUACUCCACUAUCCCACUCUCUGGGUUUGGUAUCAGUUUUAUUUGCGGAAUAGUGUUUAGGUGCCAAGUUCGUCUGACCGUAACUCCCCCUUACUCCACUAUCCUGCUAGUUUGGUAGAUGUCAUCUUUGUGGGGUUUGUGUUUAGGUGCCAGGCCCGUCUUAUCGUGACCACCCCUUACUCCACUAUCCCACUCUUUAGGUUUGGUGUCUGUUUUUGGUGGAAUAGUAUUUAGAUGCCGAGUCCGUCUGAUCGUGACUCCCCCUUACUCCAUUAUCCUGCCAGUUUGGUAUAAAUCCCCUAUGUAGUUUAGUGUUUAGAUGUCGGGCCCGUCUAGCCGUGACCCCCUCUUACUUCACGGGAAGAGUAGGUUCUUAGUGUUGAAUGGUAUGUUGUUGGUCUCCGUUGUUCUCACUAGUUCCCUUCUCUCCUCCUCGUAUACCUCGCAGUCUACCAGGACAUGGUUGGUGGUACAUUCUUCUCCGCACUCUAGCCGUUCGUUCGUUCGUUCUUGGUGUUUAACGUCUGCUUCCACAUAAGUGAUAUCGCAGACAAGACAUAGGAGAGCCGAAGCUGAUUCCUGUUUUUAGAAUAUGAUUUUGCAAUCUUUCCAUUUGGCCUUAGGCCAUGGAUUUGGUUUAGUGGGAAGUUCUUCCCUUUAUUUAAUAUAAAACAUAUCGUUUGGUAGAUGAUUUCGUCUGCUUCUAGAUUGGUAGAUGUCAUCGUUUGGGAUUAGUGUUUAGGUGCCAGGCCCGUCUUAUCGUGGCCUCCCCUUUCUCCACUGUCCCACUCUCUGGGUUUGGUAUCCGUUUUAUUUGCGGAAUAGUGUUUAGGUGCCAAGUUCGUCUGACCGUAAUUCCCCUUACUCCACUAUCCUGCUAGUUUGGUAGAUGUCAUCUUUGUGGGGUUUGUGUUUAGGUGCCAGGCCCGUCUUAUCGUGACCUCCCUUUACUCCACUAUCCCACUCUGUAGGUUUGGUGUCUGUUUUUGGUGGAAUAGUGUUUAGAUGCCGAGUCCGUCUGGUCGUGACUCCCCCUUACUCCACUAUCCUGCCAGUUUGGUAUAAAUCCCCUAUGUAGUUUAGUGUUUAGAUGCCGGGCCCGUCUAGCCGUGACCCCCUCUUACUUCACUAUUCUACUUAGUCCAACUGUGUCCAUUAGGGCGUGGGUAUCUAGCCGGUUGCAUCCCUCGUGAAUAAACCCCAUUUGAUUAUUGAUUCCAAUUAAGUCAGUUUUCAUGUAGUUGUAUAUAAUCAUGUACAGUAUUAUAACAUGUCAGUAAUUAAGUCAGUUGUCAUCAUAGUUGUACAUGUAUAUAACAAUGUACAAGAGUAUGACAUAUCAGUAAUUAAGCCAGUUGUCAUGAUAGUUGUAUAUCACCAUAUAACAUGUCAGUAAUCAACUAGAGUAAUAACUAUGUACAAUAACAUGCCAGAAAUUAAGUCAGUCAUUAUCUAAUUUUAUA